CGGCCGCCGUCGCGGGGCGGGGCGGGGCGCCCGGGGCCGCCCGGGGCCGGGGCAGGAGCGGCGGAGGGGCGAUGGGGAAUCUGUUCGGGCGGAAGCGGCGCAGCCGCGUCACGGAGCAGGACAAGGCCGUGCUGCAACUGAAGCAGCAGCGGGACAAGCUGCGGCAGUACCAGAAGCGGCUCAACCUGGGCCUGGAGCGGGAGCGGGCGCUCGCCCGGCAGCUGCUGAAGGAGGGCAAGAAGGAAAAAGCUCUGCUCUUGUUGAAGAAGAAGCGUUACCAGGAGCAGCUGCUGGAUAAGACGGACAACCAGAUCAGCAACCUGGAGCGGAUGGUCCAGGAUAUCGAGUUCACCCAGAUCGAAAUGAAGGUCAUCGAGGGCCUGAAAAUAGGCAACGAAUGCCUGAACAAAAUGCACCAGGUUAUGUCAAUAGAAGAAGUGGAAAGAAUAAUAGGGGAAACCCAGGAUGCUGUGGAGUACCAGAGGCAAAUAGAUGAGAUACUGGCUGGGAGCCUGACUGAGGAAGAUGAAGAUGCCAUUCUAGAGGAAUUAAACACUAUCACUCAGGAACAGUUGGAGCUUCCAGAUGUUCCUUCUGAGCCGCUCCCAGAGGAGCCCCCAGAAGCAACACCCAUCAAGAACAGGCCAAAACCAGAGCUGGUGGCAGCAUCUUAACUCCCGUUUCUGGGGAUCCCCCCAUAACUUUCACCCAGGACAGUUUGCCAUCCCAGCAUGUGCUGGGAACAAGCAAUGCCUCGGCAGCAUCCCAGCUGUGCUGGGCAGAUUGUGGAGCAGGAUUCCCUGCGCUGGGUGGGGAACCUCAGCCGAUCGAUUAUUGCUCUUGUAUCAAGAUUAUUUUCUAGUGCUUUCUUUUUUUUGUAACUUAAAUUCUCAACUCACUCAGCUGCGCUGUCUCGGGAUUAAAUAACAACUCUAAAACUUCCAAAGCCAAACACUCCUCUCUAGGUUUGAUUUCAGCUGUAAAUCUGCCUUUGCUCUGUCUGCAUCCCCAGCCAGCCCUCCCCUUGGAGCGCUUCUGUCUGAAGUGGCUGUCCCAUGGCUGUGCGAGCCCCUUUGCUGUCUGCGCUGCUCUCAGCCCCUCUGCUUUUCCUCCCCUGGUUCUGUUCAGGAGGGGCUGGUGGUGCUGGCACGGCAGGAUGCAGGCAGCCUGGGGGCUGCAGCGCUCUGUGCUGUGCGCGGGCUCAGAACGGUUGUGCCAGCUGCAUUAAGCCGCUGUAGCCAGGGCUUCCAUUCGGGCAGAGCUCAGUGACUGCUUGCCUUUGCAGCAGCGCUCACUGAGAGGGGAAAAAACUGGUGAGGUGAGGAGCUCGGCUGUCCCCGGGCAUGAGUCAGAGGCGGGCAUUAAGGAUUCUUGCUCAGCUCCUGCUCCACCUCUCCUAAUCCGUGGCACCGAGCGCAGAGCUGGGCCUGCAGAAAUCUGCUGAGCCUCUUAACGCUGCAGCGAGGAGUCUGCCUGCGUUGGGAGCCGCGGGUCACCCCGUGUGGCUCUGCUCCUUCAUCGGGCUGCAUUCACCUUUGUGAUGCUCAGGUGGGCUGAGGUAACUCUGCUUCCAGCCGUCAGCUCCCGUUCGUUGGGUGUUUCCCGGCAGGGCAGCGGACGGGAGAGGUCGGGCUGGGACGGGUGAGUUCUGCGGCGAUGCAAAGCGUGCAGCUCCUCGAGUCAGCACGCAGAGGGAUGCUGGCGUGGCCGAGACGCUGCCUGGGCAGCCAGGGCGUGCAGGUGGAGCUGUGCAUGGAAGGCAGCACGCCUGCCGGCUUGCGGAUGCUCGUAGGACGCUGCAGAUCUGUGUUUAUCACAGUCCUGAAGCCGCAACCCUUAAUCCCUGUUUCUGUGACAGAGCAGAAGGACCCAGAGGGCCCUCUGAGACUUUUAGCGACUGCUUUCGGGGAUACGUGACGUGGUGCUAGACAAUACGGAGUAACCCCAGAGACCGUGCUGCUCUCCAGCCCGUGGUGGUGAGUCAGCAGCAGCUGCGUUUUGUAUCUUUUAAGUCACGCUUUCUGCUCCACCUUCGUGGGUGACGUUCCAAAGCCUGGGGUGGGCAUCCGUGUCCUGCUGCCGGGGCAGGGCGUGGGGCGUGAGUGGCAGAGGCAGCCCUCGCUCCGCAGCCGCCCUGUUUUCGGUUCCAGCGCGCUCUCUCUUAAUUAAUGUUGCAUAACAAAGCCGCUGUCUGGCAGCUGCAGAGCCACGUUUACAAAGCGGCGUAACUUUGGCAGGCAAACAGCUCUCUGAAUCGAAAGGACAGGUGUAAAACCAUCAUCGUGCCUCUGGCAAGCGCCGAUCGGUGCUGGGAGCAGCCACCCUGCAGCCGGGUUGGCAUGGAGCUGUCUCCUGGGUUACGCUCUGCGAUGGUUUUUCUUUCUGCAAGGCUGUUGCUCCCCUCUGUUACGUGCUGGGUGAUUGCAGUGCUUGCUUUUUCCACCAGAGAGAGCCUUGUCUUCGCACUGCUGUCGCUGGAACGUUUUUCCUCCUGUCUCCUUUACUCCGUUGCUGGCCUGGUGUCUACGCGUUUAGUUUGCCCCUAUUUAAUUUGUAACUCGUAGGAGCGGAUGCUGGGCUCUCCCAAUAUGGUCCUCAAGGGACCUCUUCUGGGGCACAGCUCUUGCUGCUAGCACUCUGAGCAAACCCUGUUCUGCAGGAUGGACACACAUUGCCCCCUGCCCCAGCAUCCUGGUAGCAGGGGAGCCCCCAGCAGACCCUCCCCGAAGCCGCAGCAAUGCUGGGCCGAGUGCUGAGCCCGUGCCCUGUGUGCUGCUUGGGUGAGGGCUGCGGUGCAGGGGGGGUUAAUGGAGCUCCCUGCUUUGGGAAAGGCCGUGCUCUGACCUCCUCACAGGAAAGCUGCAAGCAGAUUGCCAGCAGCUUCCUCUUCUCAUCCCUGUACCAAACAGAUUGUACCGUGUCUCCUUGGGAGGAAGCGCCAGGAGUGGUGUGUGACCUCUGUGGUGUGCUGUAACAAUAAACAAUUUCUAAUGGUUUCACCGA